AUGGCGGAAGCAAGCGACGAUUCAGUUUCUCGAAAUGAGAUUUUGGCGCAGUUUCAGGUUGGAUCAUUAUUCCCCUCGAUUCUUCAUUCUAAAAAAAGAUAUAUCCUUUGAUUUUUGUUUUUCAGGAUAUAACUGGUUUCCAUGAUGUCGAAAAGUGUAGAAGCGUUCUUGAACAGCACAACUGGGACAUAGAGGUUAGUUUCUUUUUCGGUGUGGAGCUGAAUAAGUAUUGUUUGUUUCUAUACCAAUUUUCUCGUAAAUUUGAGAAUUUUUUUUGGAAUUUCCUAGUACAUAUGUCUACUGAAGGUCACUAAGUUUUAAUAAAGUUUCGUUAGCGUAGCACUUCAUAUUAGUCCAGCUGAAUAUUACUGAAAAGGCAAGGUUGCUUGAAUUAUCAAUAUGUAAGGCUUAUAUGUCUCUAGUUAUUCGUACCUGAAUUUCUGAUGAGCAUUUCGUGUCACAGACGGCAGUUCAGGAUACUCUAAAUGAAGCAGAAGGUUCCCAGCCAGUUUUUCACCCACGGCAAAACUCAUUUGAAUGCAGUGAUGACGAGGACAAUACUUCAAGUGGAACAAAUUCUGUUACCGAGAAUCAUGUAACUGAAAACAGUGGCAGAACAUCAGACACCACAGGGGACCCAGCUGUGACAGCAGUAGCUCAAAGAGGAAACCAGGUAAUAAUGGUUCUUCUAUGACAUCCUGCACUGGUGGCCAUGCUAGUCAUCAAGCACAAAAUUUUUUGUUUCUCUCCGCUGGGAACUAAAACUUUUUUUUAAAACAAAUUCUGCAGCAAGGAUUAAUAUUGUACUAAAAGUUACCAGUCAAUUCCAAAACCACCCAUGUUCCCCCUAGCUCUCCCCCCAUGCAAACCCCCAGACAUUUGACUUUUUUGAAAAAUUUCGGUCAAGUUCCCUGGUAUGUUGGCAGUUUAGAUGGUCAAAUGCCCCACUGGGUAGCACUUCAAAAAGUAUCAAAUCCCCCACGCACCAGCAACUAUUCAAGAAUUUUCCUGUGCAUCAAACCUUUUAUUUAAAUGUAAACAUCGUACUAAACACAACCAAAAUAUCUAAAGUUUUGGAAGUUUGUUCAUUUCAAUAAAAUUGUUCCUUGCAGAAAGCCCACUUUUUAAUGGGCUUUUUCAAAGGCACACUGGCCAACGUCUUCACAUGAAACUUAAAUACCCGAGUGGGUGGGCCUCAUUUUGGGUCAAAUUCCCCACUGUAUAGAGGAAAACCCCAGUGAAAUAUCCAGGGUAGGGGCGGGAGCAGGGAAUGGGCAUUUUUGAAUUGCCUGGUACUUAACAUGGUCACCUUGUCACAUACAGUAAAAACCUGCAACUAAGAACCUGUUAGGCUAGAAUUUGCCAGCUACGUACCCUCUAUACAAGAACCUGUUUAACCUAAAAUUUGAAACAGGUUUGUAUUUUCUAAAAAUUUUCUUAAAAAAAUUGUAUGCUUGCAGAAAUAUAAUAUACAGCUCAACUAGCCUGUAUAGCAGUCGCCAGUGUUUUUAGAAGUUAACAUUUAGGUUGAGUCCUCUUUGGAAAUAUAUAUGCAUAUAUUACAUACAUAUAUUUUAGGAAUAAGCUGAAUACCACUAAAUACUCUUAGCCAAAAAAAUAUAAUAACUUUAUAUUUUUUUCUUCAUAAAAUAAGAACCUGUUAAUUGUAAUAACCUAAAUAGCCUAAAUUUGUGCCAAUUACCAUUUAUUUAAGAAGCCUGGUUUGGAUAGCUUGGGAAAAUGCAGGUUCCUAGUAGUGGAUGUUUACUGUACUCCAUACCCAGAAUUUUCAUGAUAACGCACAUUAAUAGGCCACUUCCGAGUUCCAAAAACCCUCAUUUUCAUAAUGAGGCUUGGUGCACAACCUUUCUUGUGAAAAUGAGUUUUAUUUGCAUGAGAAUGAAAAAUGAUUUCCAUAUCAAAGGCUGAGCUCCUACCCUUGUUUUGAAACAGAGGCCCAGGGGAACUCGGAAAUGGCCUAUUUAUUAUGCAGGCUUUUUUUUUUGACCAGACAUUUCAGUGAUGAGGGGAAUCUUGAAAAUGAAUUUGUCUCCACAUUACAGAAGUGACAAAGCUACUCUGUUAGCUCUGAAGUUGUCUGUUAACCAUCAAAUAGGUCUAUUAUACAACUGGAUCGGUGAGGGAGCAAGUCUAAGCAAUUCCUGUGUUCGGAUAGUGUCCUCAAGUGUGCAAGAUGGACCUAUCUUGCUUACCAACCAUUUCCUGCAUUUCCUGCAUUAUCCUUGUGACCAUUGUAAUAAAUUCUUUAUUGACUAAGCUUGUUCAAGAUGGCUUCCUGGCCUCAUUCUUUUCUGCAUUUUAUUGACCUUGACUUUGAACAUGACCCCCAGUUACUUUCAUUAGUAACAAAAGAGAACUACAACCAAAAGAAAUUCCUAGCAGUUCCCUUCUCCACCUACUAAUUGCAUACCUAGUAACUUUAAAUCUUAGCAGCGGCCUUGAAGUCAAUACCAUUAUAAACUGUAAGAAUACUGUUUUCCUGUUCAUUUUGUUUUCAGAGCUGGCUUUAUUGGUUUUUAUCAUUACCACUACUUCCAUUUAGAUUUGGUUCCAGUGUUUUCACUGAUGUUCUAGGAUGGAUUGGUAAUUGUGUUUUUGAAUUUAGUGCUGUUUGGGUUGUUAAAAGGCAAUACAGUGUACAUUUCUACGAAAUAAGUGUACCCUCCUGCUAAUGGAACAUUUAGCCAGUUAUGUUUAGUUUGAGGUACUGUAUUUUGUUUCCUUAUUUGAUUCAUGUGACUGUAGUCACAGUAAACUAACAUGACCACAAUGAGUAUGGCUGUCUGAGUAAAAGUGACAAUUUUAGAAGUCAAUCAAGCAGAUCUAAUAUGAAAGUAAAAAUGUUAACCAUGGUAAAACUUUUAAAAAUAUAACUUCCCAGCUUCCCAGUUUCUUUAUACAUUAAUGAUGCUCUUAUAUACUGGUUUCUUUUUUAGCACGUCUUCUCUGGCCAACAGCAUUUCAAGGUAGCAUGAGACAUUUAAUAAUAAAUAAUAUUUAAAAUUAUUUGUAAUUCAUCAGUGACAGUAUUGUUCUGUAUAUGGUGUACCUACUUACCAUUCUUGGUUGUUUUAAUAUAACAUUUCAAAAAAAAAUAUAUUGAAAAAAUCAAUCUUCAUUUUUGUUUGUUUGAUUUUUUUUAGCUCGUACAACUCCAUUAGAAGAUGUUUUACAAUUUAAGGCUGAAUUUGAAAAGGAGUUUGGCUCUGUUCAUCCAACAUUUUAUCAGGGAAGUUAUAGUCAGGUAGGGAGUGUCUCUUACAAACUCUUUUUGAAUUAAGCAUUUUAAAGGCAUUGUUGCAUUAAGCCAUAUUUUGUACACAAUAACUUGAUAUAAACUGUCUCACUGGGGUAAUAUAGUUUCAAAACCUGCUGUUUUAGACAUCAUAGAGUUUAUGUCUCAAGUAAUCCCCAACUAUACCCACCCCCCGCCCCUCCUGCCACUGAAACAGCACCACAAUGGUUUUGAAGAAUAUUCUGGGCCAAAACUGCCCACCUACCCAUCCACUAACUCAAUAAUAACACUUGCUUUUUACUUAAGGCAAAAUGUUAGGUUAGGGAAGGUAGUGUGGGUAACAUAGUUUUUAAUGUCUUGAGGCCUAAAAUAGCAGCUUACAGUGUCAAUAAGCAAAAGAAAAGAGUUCAGUUAAACAAACCUUGUAAUUAAGGAGCAUUAAUCUGCAGUUGCUGUCUAUAGACAGUAUUAUGAUUGACAAUCAUGAAGUCAGAUCCACUGAAUGUCUCAAGCUAUUAGGUGUCUGUAUUGAUAACAAUUUUCGUUUUGAUGAACAUAUAAGUAGUAUCUCUAAGAAGAGCGCCCAGCGGGUAGGCAUUCUUAUGAGGCUCAGGAACCUUAUACCCACACAAACUAAGUUACAGUGAUAUAAGGCAGCUGUUCCCCCGUAUUUAACCUACUGUCAUCUUAUAUGGCAUUUUUGCCGUGCUAGUGAUUCUAGACAACUAGAGCGUAUCCAGGAAAGAGCACUUAGGGCUAUAUAUUGUGAUAAACAUUCGUCCUAUGGUCAAUUACUAUCUAUGGCGGGGCUAUCUACUCUACACAACCGGCGACUACAGGACAUAGCUAUUCUCAUGUAUAAAGUUAAAAACAACAUGUGCCCAACAUGCAUUAGCACUCUCUUUGAACAGCCUGCAAUUAAGUAUGAACUGCGCAAUCAUGACUUCACUUUUGGAAAGCACUCGCUCAGGUAUAUGGGCCCAAAGAUAUGGAGUUCUGUUCCUAGUAACGUGAAAAAAGCUUCCACAUUGUCCUCCUUCAAAUAUAACAUCAGAAAAGUGGAUCUUAGCAUGCUACUAGAUGACAAUAACUGCUCUAACUGCUCUCUUUGCACUUCUUAAUCUUUUAUUUCUUAUUUUUUAUAAGACAAUAUCGUAUAUAGUUCUCUCAAAUUUCUCACUUGCUUAUACUGUACAUAGUUUUUCUUAAUUUUAAUUAAUUUAUUAAUUGAUUUAUUCAUUUUAAAUUUAUUUUAGUGUCCCCACUUAGUGGUUAUACACUGCUAUUACAGUUUUGACACUUUAAUAAAGGUAUCAUCAUCAUCAUCAUCAUCUUUCAGGACUGUUUGUCAGGGCUGACUUUAUUUGAUUUUGUAACAUUCUUUCUAGGCUUUGGAUGAUGCUAAAAGAGAGUUACGCUUUCUUCUCGUCUAUCUUCAUAGUUCAGAACACCAGGAUACAGACCAGUUUUGUAGGUAUGUCAGAUUCACAAUUCAAUCACACCCUGGUUUAACCAAAAUGGCAUUUUUUGUUCCAGCUUUAGUAAAGUGGGUGGUACAAGAGCCCUAUACAACUUACCCUCAUUAUGACAAACACAUUUUCACGGUGGUCAUUUCCACUCCAUCACUUUUCCUUGCAAGAUGAUUGUGCCAGAGAUAAGAUAUGUACCGUUAUUUUGUGUCACUUAAAAAACCAUAACACUGUAAGUCUUUAAUACUUGAGUUAAAAACAAAAAGCUUUGUUUUUAUCAGUAACUUAAGUUAAACUAUGACUUGUAGACUGUAACGUGGCUCACCACUAUUGCUUACAGUGUUCAACUUUUUUUGUCAGCUCAACAAUGACAAAUGAAGGAUUUAGGGAGUAUGUAAAUGGCAACAUGUUAUUUUGGGCAGCUAAUGUGAAAUCACCAGAGGGAUAUAAAGGUACUGUGUACUAAGUACAUAUAGACUGCCAUUGAUCAUAGACAAAUUGUUGGGUUCAAUUAAUGGUUACAUGUAUUGUUCUUAUUCCAGACUGUUAUUUAUACAGUCGACUCUCUCUUAACGGACACCUCUAUAAGAUGGACACCCCUGUAAAACGGACACCUAGAGUUGGUCCCUGCCUUUCUUUACUCCCUUUAGUUGACUCUCUAUAAGACAGACACCUCUCUAAGACGGACACUUAGUGCCGGUCCCAAAGGUGUCCGUCUUAGAGAGAGAGUGACUGUAUUUUGUUCAAUUUUGUAUAAGAAAAGUAAAAUGAAUAGGUGAUUGAAUAUGGAAAAUGAACAUUUUAUUUCUUGAUGCUUUUGAGUAAAGCCUACAUGUAAUUUAGUCUUUUUUGCCAAAUCGUUGCUAUUAUAAUUUGCCACUAGACCGUUUAACGGAGAAGUUUUAGCUCCAACUUCGGCUGUAGAAGCUAAAGUACAGACCUCCCCCUCCCCGCCCCCCUCCGUAGAUACAUGUAAUAGAUUUAACAAUGGAGAUGCAACUACAGUGAGGACGGCGCGCGCAGAUUGGUAUGAGGCAUAUUGACAAAUUAAGCACCGGAAGUCGGAUCUAGUCCUCCCCGUGCGCUUUGGCGUUGGCAUUUGUGGAUCGCUGCGUUGUCUUUUCUAAAUCAGACUGAUGUAAAUGUGAAAAACAAGUAGUGUAACGCUACUAGUAGUAAAAUGUGCUUGUUAUUAAUUCUGUUUAAUUUGCAUUUCAGUUUCUCGGGCUUUACGAGAAGCCACUUACCCUUUUCUGGCUUUGAUCUGUCUUCGAGAUAACCGAAUGACAGUUGUAGGGCGAAUGGAAGGUGAGUUCAAACAGUAGAAUUUGACUGCAAAAAGGAUUUAAAGCAAGCGGUGAAGGCACAACAUUUGUUCGGUCUGCAAAACUAAGGAAUAACUGAUAAAGAUACCAUGGUAUUUUGAUUUUGUAUGCGUCCACAGUCUGGGGUGUCAAGUAUACGAGUUAAUUUUUUCGUUCACUUUAUCCUUUCUUUGUUAAUACUGAUGUAAUUUAACUCAUGCUUUGCUUCUUCUGUACCAAUAAGAAAAGAGAACAUUUGUGUUUUUCGCAGGUAUAAUGACUGUUGACCGCUAUAUUUCACUGCUAGCAAGGUUAAUAGAAGAUAACGAGCCAGCUUUAGUGGCAGCGAGAGUGGACAGGUUAGUAACUCUUGUAACAGAGCUUGCGAGGGGGUCGCAGAUGAGCUUAAUGUAAACAAUAAAAAAAACAGAAAAAACAGAAACCCAUCGAUCUCGGCAUCAUGGCGCGUGCUUCUAUUAAACUCGUUUACACAAAACGAACAUCCAAUGCACAGGGCACCCACUUGACGGAUUUAUACUGAAGAGUACUUGGUUGCAUUAAACGUAAAGAGGAUCGCAGACGCAUAUUUUGCAGUUGAGUCACGGGUUCCAGGAAAAAUUCAGGCUAGUACGGGAUUCGAACCCUUGAUCCUCUACCGGUGCUACCAAAAGCCAACUAGGAGCUGCCGGUCAUUGAGUUGUUUUGUUAUAAGCCCGUGAAAGGAUAAAAGAUCAUGGAAUAAUGAAAAUAUAAUAGUGUAAAUCUUACACUGCGGAAAGAAGGAUUGAACGUUAAGUUGCGUCUACAGCUGCUUUGAUCUUUGCGUUUAUUCUUCAUUUUGCAGCUCUAAUAUGCGAUUUUCAGUUCACGUAUUCGUUAUUGCUCUUAUUUCCCCGGUCAUGAUUACAACUAUGACAGCUCAGUCCAACGUUUUUUUUGUUCGCGGCAAUCCGUAGACUAGAUGUGAGGGUCUUGAAUUUUAGUAAUGCAAGCAAUCAGUCAAGGCUUUACACCAGUUGAAGAUCUCCGAGCAGAACGCUUCCUAAUGUCGCUUCACGCCCUCCUAACCAUUUGCUAUGUCUAAGAUAGCUCACUUACUUCUAUUGUAUUACGAAUUCACAGUUAACCACUGCAAGGGUUUUUAAAACUAUCACUCCUCCAUGAUAUAUCCUUAAUAUACUGUCUUUGCUUUUGUUUCCUAACAGGCAGGAACGUACCCAUGCUCAGCGGCUGCGUGAUGAACAAGACGAGGCCUAUUAUGAGUCAGUUCGAGCUGAUCAAGAAAAAGUAAGCUCUUCCUAUAGAAUCUUAAUAUUACCUGCCGUAAAUCGAAAUUCAAGAAAAAUCAACUUUCGUUUUGAAGAAAUCCCUCGAGACAUGAAAAUGUUACCAUGCAAAACGUUUCCUGUGAAUUCGUAAUAGUCUCAUCAUAUCAGUGGUUUUGUCGAAAACGGAAAAAUGACAGUUUGCCUUGCAGACUACAAUCGGCCACUUUGUAUGGUUAAUAAUAUAGUCCAAUCAGUCGGUUUAAUUUUGUUUGUUUUGAUAAUCAAUCAGAUCUGAUUUGAUUUUGUUCGUCAUGCUUAAUCUUAGCCGCUGAGUGUUCUGGUUUCACGCUUUUUCGGCAUAGAUCAUGGCGACCACGGAUACCAGCUAUGAGCUUUGAGACAUUUUAAGCUUUGACCUGUAAAGCUGCUACAAGAGACGUCGUUACUGUAUACCAGUUCCGUGUAACCCUGCGAUUUUGUUUCUGUUUCCUGUAAUCAGUUUACAAAAUAUUAUUUCUUAGAGUGGAAUAUCGCCAAAUUGGACUUAGUUACAUGUCACAUGUACUCAGUUGGAUUGGCCAGAAGACCUGGUCUACUUCGCGGGAACUGUGGUUCAGCUUAGGGUUUGGCAAUAUCCUCACUCAGUAAUUCUGAUACACUUUUUUAUCACCCGUCGUUACUCUGAAAGACCCCUGCCUUAGAGCUAGUCUGGGAAGCGCUCGUGUUUAUUACGGCGUGUGAGGCUGUGGUUCCUGCCUCGCUCUUGCGUGCGUCUCAGUAGCUAGUGUAGGCAACAUUAACGUUCCUAAGCUUCGGUUUAUGCUUUAUUAUAGGAAAGAAAAAAGAGAGAAGAGGAGGACAGAAAACGACAGGAAGAAGAAACAAAAAGACAGAAGGAAGAAGCGAAAAGAAACAGGGCACAGGUUAGAAUAGCUUUCAGCGCACGAGAUUUUGGUUGUGUUUCCUUGUCUCCGGUAACCCUUCUGAUUGGUAAAACGUCGUUUUGUUUGACAGUAAUUUACCGUGCUAAGAACUCUAAAAAAUGCAUGGCAUCUCUUCCAGUUCUAUUCUGAUUUAGUUUUUGCAAAAUCCCUUAUAUCAUUACUAAGUACAUGUACUUCGACACCAUGUCAAAAUCAAAUGACUAUUUGAUGGACGGGCAAAGAGCAGACGGGGAUCACUCUUCCUGAAUUUGUUAUAUCGACCAAAGGAUACGCCGAUGACUAGUGACCCGUGUAGAAAGCGCCCGCACCGUCUUCGAGAGUGCUUUGUAACGGCGUAGUCUAGGUCACAAGGGAAUACCACAGAGUUGCGAAAGUUACGGACGCCAUUAUCUUCGGAGUUACCAGAGCUAAUGGGCCGUAAUUUUCGAGUAACCGCUUCAAAUGCUGUUGUACAAGGAAGUUGUUUACAUUAUUUUUAAGUAAUACGUUUGUUGGUAACUGUUAAGUUGUCUUUGUUAGUCUAUUGCUCAGGAGCGCGUGGAUCGAAAAUGCGGGAUUCCUGAGGAACCAGAGAAAUCCAACCCUGACUCUCUACGGGUGCUCAUUAAACUGUCCAAUGGUAAACGGCUAGAGAGGAGAUUUCUUAAGUCACAUUCUUUGCAAGUAAGAUUCCUAACACAUCUUUCAAAAAAUGUUUUGGGUAAAUGUACUAUCUCGACCUCUCUCAUAGGAGAGAAAAAAAAAACAACGUGAAUAACAGAAGGAGGAGUCUGGUCUAGCAAACUUAGUCGUACAUGAUACAACAAAAGCCCGUUGUAGUGCUCGAAAAGAGUGCUUGUCAAAAAAUAACGUAGUUUAGAAUUUCAAAAUAGUUGCGCCCUGAUCUAACCCUUGGCAUAGAAUUGUUAUGAGCUGAUUUGAAGGGGCUAUGUUCCGGUGCGUUUAACUUUUUUGGUCAAAGCUGAACUGAAAGUAUGAACAUGUAUUGUGUAGUUCCAGCUAUGAGCUUUUGCGGAGGGCAAUUUUUUGACCACAGAGGGGUUUAACUUAAAACUGAUUUAAAACUGAUAAUUGAACCAAUUUUAUCAAGUUGCAAUCUGCCUCCAUCCAGACCAUCGACAGCCAAAGACACCACUUUUACUUGAAGUAUAUUGGUGCGGUAAUUUGAGAUAAAAACUGAACUGUUUUUCAGGUUUUUAUUAAAUUUCAAUGUGCUUUUAGGCAUUCAAGGCAGUACUGUACUAAAAAUCACCACGUUGCAUCGCGGUUGCCAUGUGCCAUAGAGUAAGGAAUAUUUGAAAUUUCCGCUGUGACAUUCUGUGCUGCACACGCCCACUACGUGAUCAUAUGUUCAACUAUUUACACUUCCCUUCUUCGUCAACAAUUAGUCCGAUUAAAUCUGUGUCAAAUGAUGAGUUUUUAGAGGCUGGAGGGGAGGUGCCCUUGACCCCUACCCGCCCCUCUUGUUUCACUCGCUAUUUCUUUAGUUUCUUUUAGGCUCAGUUAGCAUUAAGGAAAGGUUUUAAUGAGUCUGAGGUUGCAGUAAUUUCAUCGGUUCUUUGUUUCAAUUGGUAACUGACUGUUUUUUCUCACAGGCUUUAUACGACUUCGUGUUUUGCCAUGAUGAGUCACCCUCAGAGUUCGUCCUUGUGUCCAAUUUCCCACGUAAAGUUUACGCAGUCGACUCCUCAAACGAAGAUCAAACACUGGAGGAUGCUGGUAUCGAAGCUGAUGCUCUGCUUUUCGUUCAAAACAUAGAGGAUGAAAGUGACAGCGAUUAACUUGAGUGGCCAUCCAGAAUUAUACAUGAAACUUCGUCUUCAACUAUAAGUUAUAACAAAAUGACGGUCACUUAUGGAGUUUUUUGGGGUCGGCUUUACAGACCUCUUAAGUAAGAUAUAUCCCAAGUAAUUGUUUCUUAGCAAUGUCCAAUUGUUAUUAGACAAUACUUAGGUUAUGACGUAGAGGAGUGUUACAUCACGGUUUGGGCAUCAGCUGAAUUUUUUAAGGUAAUUUUUAUUGUUUUUAUUUAAUGCGUCCCUGUCUCGUCAGUCUCAAACCAUCCUUAGUUCAAACUAAGAUUUUUAAGGAAAUUUUGUAGGGUUGCAAAAAUUAAUUCUCUCAAAAUAUCGUGACGUGGCUUCUUUGACUGUGCUCAGGAGGUCUUCUUCGAUUUUGGCCCUAUGCUCCUAUUAUCGAGCCCGCAUGGAUCCGCUGAACAUGGAUCCUGCAGACUCUACUAGCUUGGAAGGAUUUCAAAUGUAUCCCGUGCCCCGGUGGAUAAGGAAGUUGCAUGUUUCCUGAGACGACUGGAUUUUCUUUUGCUGUUAAAAUGACCUUUUUAUAGGCAUAUCAGACUCAUUUCACCCUUCCGCAAUUUUCUUGGGGUGAAAUCCUUGUUUGAUUCUUGGGCAUCAUUUACGCAAAUCUCAGGACUAAUCAUUCGUCACCCUUCCCUUCCUGACCCUUUCUUCUCUCCAACCCCUCCCCGAAUAUUCCUGCUUUGCCAUAUAUCUGGGUUUCUUUUGAUGUAAAAGCUUUUAGUUAAAUGUUAUUAGCACAUUAUUCAAAUAUAUAUUAUUAGUCCAAAAAGAGACAUUUUAAAUAAAUAAUUCCACUGAAAUGAGAUGUCACGGAGAGAAAAAGUGAUGAGUUGAUAACGUUCAAUUUUCAUUGCGCUACCUCUGGACCUUAAGCUAUCACUGAGGAGCAUGACUAUUUUAUUUAUAAACUUUCGUUAUGUUGUACUAGAAGUUUCUCGUGAAUUAAUUUAACGAAAUAUUUCGGAGUUGGCAAAGAUAAUUAAUAUUUUAAAC